GCGCAAAUACAGGAAUAGAGCUUCGUUGACCGAAGCCGGUCCAUCGUUUAACGCCCCCCAUUUCCAUACUCUUCGUCUUACUGUUGCAUUCGCAUCGACGCCGGCGUCAUUCCAUUUUCCCGGUCAGCUCUAUUUCCAGACUUUUUAAUCAAUAUCAGAGCGACCCCAUAUUACCACGACACCAACAUCAUGUCGGACCUUCUGAUUUUGCCCAGCACUACAUACCGGCCACCCUCCCCGCAGGGCAGGCGGAGGAUGGCCCGGACUCUUAAUCCUAUAAUGGAAGAACCUGAACAGACCGAUACCGAGACACAGCAGCAGGAGCAAAGGAGACACUUCAACAUCCAGAACAACAACAGCAGCAACUGGCCAGUCAACCAAAAGAUCGAGCAGUGGCUUGCCCCUUUUUCUCCCUUGAGUGACCAUUUCCCUACGCCACGGGGCCUCCAUUUCCUUGCCGCCCCGAUCCUGCCGGCAACACCGUCGUGCAUUUCGAGCUACCGCGGGCCGGACACGGAUGCCGACGACACAAGUUCAGAGACUUCAUCUUCCAACCCUUCUUCGGGAGCAUGGAAUAAUAAACGAUCAAGCGCCAUGACUGAUGUGACGGAAUUUGACGACCUUUAUGACAUUUCGGAUGAGGAAACGCAGCGCAAGGAGAUGCUGCAAGCAAAUGGUAUUGGCCGCCACAUGAGUUCGAGGAGGAGUCUGCGGAGGUCAUCGAGAGCUUCAAUCGGUCAAAGACUGUCUCUGUCCCGUCUAGUCAUCCCAGCCGAUGUCCAGGCGGGUGCGAAAAAGAACAUGACUUCGCCCAUUCCACCAACACCACCAUCCGCUAUUGCCAUGUCCCCAGCUGUCAAGUCAUUGAUGGAGCUACGACAAAUCCAGGAGAUUCCCAACGUCUCCGCACCCCCUUCCCUUGAUGGCAGCAUCAACUCGGAGGAGAUGGCUGCCAUGUCCGCGCCGCCGACCCCCUUGAUCGGAGCCCGCGACAAUGUUGAUGAGGACUGGUCAGGAGUUCGUCUCCAGCCCGGCGCAUUGGAGACGCUCCAGGCCCUUUCCUCCAACCACGAGUCGGAAUAUGACGAGACACCGGCCCCGGAGCAGGUUAUCGAAGUGCCCCAGGAGAUGAUAUCUCGAGAAAUGUCCCAGACUCGCCAACUUCCUCGGUUGAUGACCAGCCUCAACCGGGCCCCCUCCGGUCAACGUCGAUCCCUUGCUGAGCUCAGCAGGCUCGAGAUCCCUUCCCCCGGUGGUUUCUUCUCGGAGCUCUCUUCAGCAACCCGGCGCACAUGGAACAUGGGUAGCCAAGCAGAGGAACCUUACCCAUACCAACCCCCUACUUCGACCACUGCCGAGAACUUCUACAAGAUCCCUUGGCAAAACGCCCCCAACACCACGUCCCCACCACCCCCUCGACCGCUUCACCUUGACGAUGGCCCUUCCAACAUUGUCGAGCGCGUAGUUGAGGUUCCUGCGGGAUUAAACCCGGAGGAGCUGCCGACAGCGGUUCGGGUCGAGGCCACUCCAGUCACUGCGGUCAGGAUGCCUGCUGCGGAAUCUGGGGAACCCGCCCUGGAACAGAUCGCCGAGGAGACCUUUUCCCCCAUGGUCGGCAACGAGAUCGUCGCUAACGAGAUUGUCGACGACUAUGACGCCAAGUAUGUUGCCGAACAACAAUCGACUUCUCUCUCCCACAUUGAACGCACUGAGCUUUGGUUGAUGGCCCAGAGAGCUUAUCUCCAAGGCGUCGUUGGCUUUUCCGAUGAGACUGAAGUCCAUGAACACCUCAAGCUCGGCAUUGAGGGGCUAGAGGCUGAGGCGGAAGUGACGGUGGAGGAAAAGACAGAAGAGCCAGCCAAGGAAACCAAUGUCGAGUCCGAGACGAAGCAAAAGAAAUCUGUUCGCUUUUCCGAAAUCACCAUCAAGGAGACCGUUCCCAAGUCCCUUCCUUCCAAGCUGGUGCGCAUGGAAAAUGCCUUCUACCGCGCCUUUACCGAUGCCGCCGUCAAGACCUGCCCCAACGACGUCUUCAUCAACCGCCAACCACGCUUUGAGGCACUUCAAGCUCAGCGUGUCGCCCUCAAGGAUGCUCACCGCAACCAGCUCCUUGGUAAGUUCCAGCUGUCUGUCGUUCCUCAGUCAGCCAAGAAGCGCAUGAGCGCCAACGUGGUUCGUGGUGAUGACGUCCUCGUCGAUGACCCUGAGAAGCUCCGUGCGGAGAAAGAGGCCGAGGCCCGCAGUCAGAUGAACAUGGCCACCUGGCACGUCGCCGCCACCAAGCUUCUCAACGGGGGCCAUCUCAUUUGCGCACCCGUAGCCAAGCGCCUCGCACGCCAGAGCCGCUUCGCCCCCGGCGCCGACGGCGUCAGCCGCGACCGUGCUCGCAUCCUCGACCUUGCCGGCCAGGGUGCCUGUGACUGGGCCUGGCACUGCGCGCUCCAGUACCCCAACACCAAGAUCUACACCGUCACCACCAAGACGCUCCGCCAGCUGAGCAACAGCAACAUCCGCGGCCCUCCCAACCACCGGCAAGUCGCUGUCGAGCGCCUCGGUAAGCUUCCCUUCUCCGACAACCAGUUCGACCUCAUCUCCGCGCGCGAGCUGCACGCCGUGCUCAAGCUUUUUGGCGAGAACGGCGCAGACGAGUGGGACGCCUGCCUGAAGGAGUGCAUGCGCGUGCUCAAGCCCGGUGGCUACCUCGAGUUCUCUGUUCUCGAUGCGGACAUCAUGAACGCCGGCCCACUCGGCAACGCCAAGGCCGUCGAGUUCGGCUUCGCCCUGCAGACGCUCGGCUACGACCCCAACCCCACGCGGUCCUUCAUGGCCCGCCUCCGGCGCGCCGGGUUCGACGACAUCCGUCGCGCUUGGAUGUGCAUGCCCAUGGGCCCUAGCCACUCUACCAAGCCGCCCCCUCCGCCCCCCAAGGCUGAGACGCCGGGCCUCCCCCCUCCUAGGCCCAUCAAGGACAGCGACAGUGGCAUCGACCUUGCUCACGCCUCCUCUUCCGGAGAAGACCCCAAGACCCUCGAGCUCGAAGCCAUGGUUUUCGGAUCCACCGACAACGUCGCCGCCAUCACUGGCAUCGCCGCCGGCUGGAGCUGGGAGCGCUGGCUCCUGCGCGCGGAGAUGGAGAAGGCUGCUGGCGAGCUUCGCUUGGCCGACAUGGUCACCCCCGGCGAAGCCAUGCGCGAGGCCGGCAAGAUGAUUGCGAAUGUGCAUGCCGUUGUGGAGGAGGGCAGGAAUGUCGGGUCUGGGUUCCGCAUGCUCAGGGGGUAUGCGAGGAAGCCCAGCACCAGCUUGGCGGCCAGGGAGAGAGAGAUGAAGAGGCAGAGGGAGAUGGACGGGGAGAGGGUGGGGUUCAUUGAUAUGGUGUUGGAUACUGAUAGUCUUUGUUGAGAUUGCUUUAUGGACGGGCGGAAAACGAAGGGGAAUCUUAGUUUUGUUCCUGUUCUGGUGAAGGGGUUUAUAUAGUUCUGACUCUGGUUCUUGAUGGACAGUAGUAACAGCGGAAUGUUUGGAUAGCGGACUGUUCUAGAUGAACGAUUGAUAUUUCCUUUGUUGAUCUCUUAACUUUGUCUCCGACAAAUCGUAAUAAGUGGCAGGAAUUCGUAUAUAUUAUUCGGCAAUCAG